AUUUCUUUGACAUGACAUUGAUGUGAUUGACAUUCAUAUGUUUAAUUUUAUAACUGCUGACCGAUGACCAAAUGUUGUUUCACGGCCUCUUCAAUGUCCCUUUUUAUUAUAACAAAUAUUGUAUUUAGAUCAGUAUAUAUCAUAAUGUUAAUAUCAAAUCAAUACUUAAAUCUUAGGAUUAUUGAAUGUCUGUUCAAAAUGAAACUAUAUAUUCAUCUCAGAGGUUUUUGUGGUUAGUUUGUGUUUUGUUAUCUUAUUAGUGUGUCAGCAGUUUUCCUAAGAUAAGAGUUGCAGAACUAACUGUCAGUUUGUUAACAGUCGUCACUAUGAAGCGAGCUCCGUCCUUUCUGGAGUUCAGCCUCACCGUCGUGUGUUUGCUACUUCUCACCUGCUGCGUCGGACUCAUUGUAGUUUCGUGGUUAAGCCUGAAGCUGGAAGGUCCUGCGAAGACGACGGUGCUGACCGGUCGAAUGUCGAUCACAGAGGGAGCUGUUUUCUCUGAAGAGCUGAAGAACUCCAGCAGUCUGAGGUUUAAAUCUUUGGCUUACGAUGUCCAACAGCAGGUAUCGAAGGCGUUCACUCACAGUGAUCUCGCACAGGUGUUCAAGUCGUGUGAGGUUUUGUACUUCAGUCUUGGAAGUGUGGUGGUGAACUUUGACCUUUCAUUCCACCAGCUGAUCGAUGUGAAGGACACAGAGCAGCAGCUGUGGGCGGGGCUUCUGGAAAGCGGAACCGGAGAAUUGGUGAUCGACAGGAACAGCAUCUGGAUCACAGAGAAACAAACCGAGACAACAGCUGCAACAACAAGCAUCUUCCCUCCAACAGCUGCAAGAACAAGUGGUUUGCCUUCGACAGCAGCUACAACAAGCGCCUCAACAGAACUGUGUCCUCCUGAUCACACAACAUGUGCCAAUCAAUCAAUGUGUGUCCUGAUCAAUCGGCUCUGUGACGGAGUCCAAGACUGUCCUGAUGCUUCUGAUGAGGACGCAACUCGAUGUGCAACAGUGUGUGAUGGGCAGUUUAUUCUCAGCGAUCUGAAUGGUUCGUUUUGUUCAUCAAACGUCUCCGUAAUGCACAACAAAAGUUUCUGUCGCUGGAUCGUCAGGCUAAAACCAGGAUUAUCUGUUGAGAUCAAAUUUCAUUACUUUGAAACAGAAGAAAAUGUUAACGUUCUGAAACUGUACGAAAACAUCGGAGUAGAAAAGCAGCUGGCAGCUGAGCUCUCAGGCUCCAACCCCCCUGGGACGGUGUGGCUGCUGACCGACCAAUCAACUGUGGAGUUUAUCUCCGAUGACGUCAACAAUCUCUCCGGGUUCAAAGCCUCGUACCGAGCAGCCAACCUCUCCAACCUCUCUAACCAGGAGAAGCUGACCUGUACCUUUGAGCGGGGCAUGUGUUUCUGGAGGCAGCAGCAGGAAGAGGAUGAUGGAGACUGGAUCCGAACCAGCAUUCCCACCUUUCCUCCACUGAGUGGGCCGAGUGUUGACCACACGCUGAACAACAGCUCCGGGUUCUACAUGGUUACUCCUCUCAGUCCUGGCCAAUGGCUGAAGAGCUUCAGGAUGCACAGCCUGCGUCUCUCUGCUCAACCUCAGCUCAUGUGUCUGAGCUUCUGGUACCACAUGUUCGGAGAGGAUGUCCACCGUCUCAGGGUAUUGUUGUCUGGACCUCCCGUAAUUGUGGUGAUCCAAAGAGACGGUAACUAUGGUGACAACUGGAAUUAUGGCCAGGUGACCCUCAACCUGACAACAGAAACAGUGGUUGUAUUUGAAGCGCUGAAAAAAGGAGGGAUGAGGAACGACAUUGCUCUAGAUGACAUCACACUGACCUCUGAUCCUUGUGGCCCCAGCCCCCCAGAACCAACCAAUGUACCUCCUCCAACAACUGCCCCCCCAAUACCAGCUGACUGUGGAGGACCCUUUGACCUCUGGGAGCCAAACUCCACCUUCAGCUCACCAAAUUACCCACAAUCCUACGGGAACAAGGCUCAUUGUGUGUGGACUCUGCACACCCGCGAGGGUCGAAACAUACAGCUUCACUUUCUCGACUUUGAUGUUGAAGCAACCUAUGACAUCGUAGAGGUGCGAGAUGGGGCGGGGCCAAACUCCUACCUACUUGCUGUCCUCACUGGAGGCAUAGGCCCCUCCUCCGACUUGUUCUCAACAACCAAUCGGAUGACAGUCCGGUUCUUUACAGACGUCUCAGGUAACGGCCGAGGAUUCAGAGCCAACUUCACCUCGGGGGUCAACCUGGGGUCACCAGCUGCGUGUGCCGUCAGUCAGUUCCAGUGUCGGACAGGAGGUUGUAUCCAUGGUAACGGUGAAUGUGACGGCGAGGUCGACUGUCCCGACGGCUCCGAUGAGGCAGAGUGUGUUGUGUGGCAGGUGAAUAGUUCCAGACGUCUUCAGUUUCAACUUAUUUCCUCACUGCUCACAAUUUGUGCUGACACCUGGAACCCUCACCUGUCUGUCUUCACCUGUCAGUACCUGGGAUACAGUUCGGGUGAAUCCAGACUCCUGCCGGCUCGUCCUGAAGAUUCACCAUUUGCAACCAUCAGGAUCUCAAGCAACGGGUCGCUGGAAACCAGUACCAGUGAAACCUGUAUCAGUGGGGAAGUGAUCUCUCUUACCUGUGACAAUCAACCUUGUGGUAUUCAGGUCGUCACUAAUGAGUCGAGGGACACGGACAAAUCAGCAGUGAGGAAACCAGGUGAAGUGCGGGUGGUCGGGGGGGUGGACGCUGUGAAGGGGGCGUGGCCAUGGAUUGUGUCUCUGCAGUGGAGGGGUCGUCAUGUGUGCGGAGCGUCAGUACUCGGGCGUGAUUGGCUUCUGACCGCUGCUCAUUGUGUGUACGGGAAGAACCUUCACCUCCAGUCCUGGUCGGCUGUUUUCGGUCUUCACUCUCAAAGUGACAUGAACUCUUUGGAGGUUCAGACAAGACGAGUCGAUCGCAUCUGGAUCCACAGACAUUACAACAGAGAGACUAAGCAGGCAGAUAUAGCUAUGAUGCACCUUCAGCAGCCAAUCAGCUUCUCACAGUUCAUCCAGCCACUGUGUUUACCUGCUGAAGGUCAAGAGUUCACAGCUGGAACCAGAUGCUUGAUUGCUGGGUGGGGUCAAACCUCUGAGCAGGGUGAUCUCCCUGAUGUUCUCCAGGAGACAAAUGUUGCUUUGCUGGUCCAGGAUCAGUGUCAGCAUCAGUUACCUGAAUACAACAUCACCUCCAGCAUGCUGUGUGCCGGACACCCUGAAGGGGGGGUCGACUCCUGUAAGGGCGACUCUGGAGGUCCUUUGAUAUAUGAGGACAACGGACACUGGAUUCUGAUUGGUGUGACAUCAUUUGGUAUCGGCUGUGGACGUCCUCAGAGACCAGGAGUCUACACACGAGUCUCUGCUUUCAGCUCCUGGAUUGCCCAGACUAGACGCUCCUCCUCCUCCUCCUCUUCUUCCUGUUGCUAAUCCUCUUACUCUCCAUCAUUUCCUCCUCUUUCUCUUCUUUUUUCUCAUGCUCCUCUUCCUCCUCCUCUAUUUCCUCCUGAUAGAUUUUCAGAGUAAAGCUUUUAUUUAAAUUCACCAGACGUAUUGAUGAUAAUAUUAAACAUAGCAUGUAUUUCAAAAAUGAAACAUUAUUAAAAAAUAUGAUUUGUUGAAAGAAUGAAGUGAACGAAAAUGUAUUCACACUUAGUAAAAAUCGAAAUCAAUGGAGGAGUAUCAUAAAAUUGUUACAUUAAGUAGUUUGUAUCACAAUAAUAAUUUAGAUAUAGAAAUGUUAAAGCUGUAAAUAAAGUUGAUUGUAGCAUGUGUACAAUAAACAACAUUUAUUUCUG